AACACAUUUUCAAGAUGUUUUUAUUUUUCCGCCUCUGGUUUACUCCUUGGUUUUAUUCUUAGUUGAAGACUGCAUUCAUUUUAGGUCUCCGCCGCCGCCACCAGGGUACCGCAGCCCAGCCCUCUCCGGCGACUCGCUCGCAGUCACCCCGCACAACACAUAUUCACAAAUUCCGGCGACUAAUUCCAUAACUAGAUAUAUAUUUGGGCCAAUUUGGUUAGCAAAGCAUAAAGCUUCUGCGACUGCCACGCUCCGAAUCAAGCAGCGGCAUAGCGAGGGAGAUGGCGGGUGCAUUUUGGGGGACUCGGGUCUUGGAGAUUGUGAAGAAGCACGACUCUGGAGGUUUAGUCUGGAAGAGAAUUAAGCUCACAACCACCCGUAAAGCCAAUGCCAAAAAAAGGCUUCUUCGUGUUUGGCAGAACGAGGCUGUUCUGAGGGCAUGUUCUGAGCCACCUCCUCCUAAAUCUUCAGGAGGUAUCAGCAAAGACAGCACAAGUAGCCAAGUUGGAGAAAAUAAGUAAGAACACCAUAGGGAUCCGAAAGAUUGGCGACUCUGGCAUUGCAGUGACAAAUUUUCCCAUUUUUUUGGGCCUUCUUCUAGAAGGGAAGAGUAAACAUUAAGUAGAUAGAAGUGUUCAAAAGUUUCCAUCCUUGAUGACAAUACACUAGUGUGGAUUACUGACCUUGAGAUUCACAUCAUUUUUGUUUGUUUUUGUCAUUUGAUCUAACAUGAUUAGUUUUUCAUAGUCCUUAGCUCCCUCUUGUAUGUUAUUUGAUCUAAUUUGCUUUCUGAGCAAACUCACUCUUGAAAUUUGGUGCUGAAAAUAUCUGAACGGGUAAAGGCAAGCCUUACAAGAGAAAGUUCAUAAUCUGUAGUAGUGUUCCUGUAUUGUAUUUUUAACUGGUCACAACACUUAAAAACAUGAGAUGGAUUUGGUAUGAUCAGAAUUCUUCUUGUUGGAAGGUUGAAGGAA